AUGCUGAGAGCUACCUUGAAGAAGGUUGACGAGAAAUACCGGGUUGGCGACAAUGGGUUCUCUUGGACCAUCACUAACAGCACCUUAAUCCAGCCAUGCGAAGAACAGAUCGUGCCUCAGAUGUAUGGCCACAUUGAAUUGCAACAAUUUCGCAAUCUACAUUAUUUUGCAGAUACAGAUAACAUACAAAAUGUUCUUGGUGUUGUGGCAUACGCAUUUGAAGAGAAGCAGAUUGGGUUUGAUUCAAUCAAUAGAGAUAUUUUGCUUGUUAAUGAAGAGAAUAUGCCAAUCAUGUUAACACUAUGGAAUGAUUUUGCCAUUACCGAAGGUGCUCAACUUGUUGCUACCAUUAAUGCCGGUAAUGUCAUUCUCGCCAUGCGUGUUAGGGUGAAAAAUUAUAAUGGCACUGCUUCUUUGGGAGCCAUAAACCAACCACUCUGGUUUGGUGCAUGUAUGAACUGCCGCAAGAAAUUCGAACUUCAGAUCACCUCUGAAAUACUAUGCAGCUCAUGCAAUAAGCAGAGUCAGAUUUCAGCAAGGGCAAGGAUUCCAAUUAAAAUUGAAGACGGUAUUGGUUCAAUUGUUGCCGUGGUCUAUGGAAAAGAUGCUGAGCUACCAACGAAAUUCAGUGGAGUGCAACUCCAACAAGCUGAUGAAAAGCUUUACAAGGAUGAAGAUGAGGAAGAUGAACCAGGUCCCGUUGAAGAUGAUAAAGAAACUGAACAAUCACUGGCUGGAGAUAAGGCAAUCAUGAAAAACAUAUUGUCAAUCGCGAAGGUGCACCUUAACCCAGCCAUGCGAAGAAUAGAUCGUGCCUCAGAUAUGGUUAUUUGUUGGAUUUUUAUAUUAAAUCUCAUACAAUUNGAUGUUCUUGGUGUUGUGGCAUACGCGUUUGAAGAGAAGCAGAUUGGGAUUGAUUCAGUCAACAGAGAUAUUUUGAUUGUUAAUGAAGAGUACAUUAACAACAAGGUUGAGAUUGGACAUUUGAUAUUUGUCGGAGCUUAUAAGGAUGUCUCUACUUUGUUGCUCCCUCCUAUGCCUGAUAGGAUUAUCACUCUGCAUACAUUAAUAGAUCCUGAGCGCAACAUUCGAACUGCAUGGAUUCAAGGCACCGCUUCUUUGGGAGCCAUAAACCAACCUCUCUGGUUUGGUGCAUGUAUGAAUUGCCGUAAGAAAUUCGAGCUUCAGGCAAGGAUUCCAAUCAAAAUUGAAAACGGUACUGGUUCAAUUGCUGCCGUGGUCUAUGAAGAAGAUGCUGAGCUACUAACCAAAUUCAGUGGAGUGCAACUCCAACAAGCUGAUGAAAAGCGUGAAUACAUAUUGGACAAGCUCGAUGCAAAUAUAAGGGACAAGCACAUUGUUUGUUUUGUGAGAAUGUUCAAUGUGAAUGGACCAAGUUACUUUGUUGUUAAGCUUUACAAGGAUGAAGAUGAGGAAGAUGAACCAGCUCCUGUUGAAGAUGAGAAAGAAACUGAGCAAUCACUAGUCACAGCUGUUCACUCCCAGCGCAAAAGCAUGUCUGGAGGAGGUAACCGCCCAAAUUCGGAAGAUGACGUGCUGGGGCAGCCAAAAGAAAGUGUGAAGCGUGUGCUAAACUUGGAGGCUGAGUCGUCCGACUCAAUGGGUAGCAAUUCAGUGUUGGACAUAGAUUAUGUGGCUGGAACCUCCGGUGAGGGCAGCAGCACUAUCGAUAAAAAUCUGUCUGACGGCCCACUAAAGAAAGCACGAACCAGACCUAAGGGUGGUGCUUUAGUUGACAAUGCUCUAGAUACUAUGUCUUAUGUUAAUAUUGUGUGUUGUACCUGUUGGGUUCGUUAG